CCACGACUUUCGGAGGAUGAACGGGCCACUACCAGAGUGCCCAAAUUCAGCCAAGUUGAAACGCUUCCACUCUAUUUUUUCCCGCGACCAAUAAUGGAAACGUACUGGUGGUGUAAAGAUGUUUUCAGAAAGAGGCUUACCUUUGAGUCAAUUCUCCUCGAAAUGGACUAUGAUACUUGAAUACCGUAGUAAGAACAGCACUGGUGAUGGCAGGUUGAAGGAAAUCUCUAGCACGGCAGCUCCGAAUGAAGAGAUUGAAGUAGGCGCAAAAAAAGGUGGAGAGGAUGCCCGGGAGGAGGAGCGAAAACCAGAGUCGAGAGAAGACAAGAGGGGAACAUCAAGGGAGGCAUCGACACGUGGGAAACCUCACACUCGAAAUGUCUCGAGGGCCGAAUCACGGAAGGGGAAUCUACAGGCAUCAAAGGCAGACAACGAUGCCAACGCGGAGGACCCUGGCAUUGUGGAAGAAAAGGAGAAAGUGAACGGAAUAUCCAGCCACUUUGAAUCCAUGCAUCAUUCGGAAGGAUUGAAAGAAGAAGACAGUAAGACGACAGCGGACUUGGCAGCCUUGGCCCUUGCAACUACUUGUCCAGCAGAUCGAGAAGGGAAGCCAUUGGCUGGAUGCUAUAUGGUACCAGAAGAUGUUCUGCGUAAGCCUCUCAUGGACCUGAAGAGAGCACUCUUAAAUGAGAUGGAGGAUGCAGAAAUGGUCAUCUGCAAUGAGGCAGAGAGAUUCAGAGACACACAGGAGAAUUCUCUGACAAGGGAGUUGGACGUAAAUCUUCGCAAGCACCGCCCUCGAGCUGGGCAUGUGGAGGAAGAUCUUCGUCACGAAAGGUAAUCUCAGAUUGACUCUUUACGGCCCUGAACUUUCCGAUUCUUUUUUUUUUCCCCCUAAAUAAAGAUGCAUGGAUCCA